GCGCGCUCGAAGAGCUUCUUCAGACGCGCGCAGCGAAAUACACAACGAUCGCGAAAACUUGAAGAUUUACUUAGAAUGCUGUGAUAGAAUAUGUCGCGGUAUGAAUAAUCUGAAACUCAGUUUCUAUAUAGUUUGUAAGACCGACGAAAUAACAUUGAUUACUGCCAGAUAGUUUCACUAUAAGCAUUUCUAGACGAUAUUAGGCUACUCUUCUUGGAGAUUAAUAGGCUAUUUCUCAAAUCCGGGAGAGUUGCUCUAUGGAGUGAGACCCGUGUUGCAAAUGUAUUUCGUUGUUUGAAACUCAAUAACAACUUUCUUGAUUUUAUUGAACAAGAGAACUGGGACGUCGGCUUCAGCGCGCCUCUGGAGUCAUCCCUGACUAAAAGCUGGACAUAAAACUCCGGUAGAAUGAGCACGGAUAAAAACAAACGGGUGGAGGAUGAGGCGGUGUUGGACAGAGGUGCGUCCUUCGUCAAGCAUGUCUGUGAUGAGGAGGAAGUGGAAGGUCACCACACUGUGUACAUCGGCGUACACGUGCCCAAGAGCUACCAGCGGAGGCGGCGCCACCGACGCAAGUCCAGCCACAAGGAGAGGAAGGAGAGGCCGGUGGAGAACGUAGAGGGGGACAAAACGGACGGAGAGAAUGCUGAUGAGGCAGCGCCCAACAUCCUCAAACCUCUCAUCUCUGCAGCAGCAGAGAGGAUCAGGUUCAUCCUGGGUGAGGAGGAUGAUGGACCCCCGCCCCCUCAGCUCUUCACUGAGUUGGACGAACUGCUGGCCGUCGAUGGACAGGAGAUGGAGUGGAAGGAGACAGCCAGGUGGAUAAAGUUUGAGGAGAAGGUGGAAAAGGGAGGUGAGCGUUGGAGUAAGCCCCACGUGGCCACCCUGUCCCUUCACAGUCUGUUUGAGCUGAAAACCUGUAUCGAGAAAGGCACCAUCCUGCUGGACCUGGAGGCCUCCACUCUACCACAGGUGGUUGAGUUGAUCACUGACAGCCAGAUCGAGAUUGGUCAGCUGAAGGCCGAGCUGAAGGAUCAAGUCAUGUACACGUUGCUACGAAAACAUCGUCACCAGACCAAGAAGUCCAACCUGCGCUCUCUUGCCGACAUCGGCAAGACGGUGUCCAGUGCAAGCAGGCUGUUUUCCAACCAAGACCAGAACGCACGCAGUCCCCAUGAACACUCCCAGCCCUUCCCCCACUCCCACCCCCAGUCCCAGUCCCAAUUUGUGCCUUAUGCAACCCCGCUCGGCUCUGAGGAACCGAUAGAGGAGGUCCAAAGGAGCUCCAGCAUGCAAUACAUCAGUAGCCCAGCCACAACCCAUCGGAACCUGACCUCUAACAGCCUCAAUGACUUCUCUGACCAACCAGAUCGAGACCAGCUGAGGAAUAAGUUUAUGAAGAAGCUUCCUCGUGAUGCCGAGGCAUCUAACGUCCUGGUCGGAGAGGUGGACUUCCUGGACACGCCCUUCGUGGCGUUCGUCCGUCUGCAGCAGGCUGUCAUGUUGGGAGCUCUGACAGAGGUCCCCGUCCCUACCAGGUUUUUAUUCGUGCUGCUGGGGCCCAAAGGAAAAGCCAAUUCUUACCAUGAGAUCGGACGCGCUAUCGCCACCCUCAUGUCUGAUGAGGUGUUCCAUGACAUUGCCUACAAGGCCAAGGACAGACAGGACCUGCUGGCGGGCAUCGAGGAGUUCCUGGAUGAGGUCAUUGUCCUACCCCCAGGGGAGUGGGACCCUGACAUCAGGAUAGAACCCCCCAAAUCCCUGCCCUCGUCUGACAAGAGGAAGAACCAGUAUAAUGCUGGGGGUGGAGGGGAUGGGCCCCAGAUGAAUGGGGACACACCGGGACAUGACGGGGGUCAGGGAGGAGGGGGACAUGGACAUGUCGGAGAAGAGCUCAUGAACACUGGGAGGUUUUGCGGCGGCCUCAUUCUGGACAUCAAGCGGAAGCUGCCUUUUUUCGCCAGUGAUUUCUACGACGCCAUUCACAUCCAGUCGCUGUCCGCCAUCUUAUUCAUCUACCUGGGCACUGUAACCAAUGCAAUCACCUUCGGAGGGUUGCUAGGAGACGCUACGGAAAACAUGCAGGGUGUGUUGGAAAGUUUCCUGGGCACGGCAGUGACAGGGGCCAUAUUCUGUCUGCUGGCUGGCCAGCCUCUCACCAUCCUCAGCAGCACUGGUCCUGUACUGGUGUUUGAAAGGCUCCUCUUCAACUUCAGCAAAGACAAUGACUUUGACUACCUGGAAUUCCGGCUGUGGAUCGGCCUAUGGUCAGCUUUCUUUUGCCUGGUGCUGGUUGCAACAGACGCCAGCUUCCUGGUCCAGUACUUCACGCGCUUCACAGAGGAGGGCUUUUCAUCCCUCAUCUCCUUCAUCUUCAUCUAUGAUGCCUUCAAGAAGAUGCUGAAGCUGGCCCACUACAACCCCAUCAAUGCUGAUUACGACCCUAACUACGUCACAACGUACGACUGCCGCUGCAUGCCCCUACCGGACGACGGAAAUAUGACUGGUAUCUAUAGCGAUGUCUCUUCCUGGAUAAAUGAUACUGAUCUGCCGGUAAAUGCCACGUGGGCGUCUCUCGAUAAGGAACAGUGUGUGAAGUAUGGUGGUGAGCUGAUUGGUCCAGCCUGCGGCUUCGUCCCCGACGUCACUCUGAUGUCAUUCAUCCUUUUCCUGGGGACCUACACUUGCUCCAUGUGUCUCAAGAAGUUCAAGUUCAGCCGCUUCUUCCCCACCACUGUGAGGAAACUGAUCAGUGAUUUUGCCAUCAUCCUGGCUAUUGUCAUCUUCUGUGGUGUGGAUGCCUUGGUCGGAGUGGACACACCCAAGCUCAUCGUGCCAACUGAAUUCAAGCCCACCAGCCCCAACCGUGGCUGGUUCGUGCCCCCGUUUGGAGGGAACCCGUGGUGGGUGUAUCUGGCUGCAGCCCUCCCUGCUCUCCUGGUCACCAUCCUGGUGUUCAUGGACCAGCAGAUCACCGCUGUCAUCGUCAACAGAAAGGAGCACAAACUCAAGAAAGGGGCAGGCUACCACUUGGACCUGUUCUGGGUAGCAGUACUACUCAUUGUGUGUUCCUUCAUGGGCCUGCCCUGGUACGUGGCUGCCACUGUCAUCUCCAUCGCCCACAUCGACUCUCUGAAGAUGGAGACCCAGUGCUCGGCUCCUGGGGAGCAGCCAAAGUUCCUGGGUGUCAGGGAGCAGAGAGUGACCGGUGUCAUUGUCUUUGUUCUGACUGGACUGUCUGUCUUCAUGGCUCCCAUCCUCAAGUUCAUCCCUAUGCCCGUGCUCUAUGGCGUGUUCCUCUACAUGGGCGUGGCAUCUCUCAACGGAGUCCAGUUCAUGGAUCGCCUGCAGCUUCUCCUGAUGCCUGCCAAGCACCAGCCUGACCUGAUCUACCUGCGCCACGUUCCCCAGCGUCGCAUCCACCUGUUUACCUUCAUACAGGCUCUCUGUCUCGCCCUCCUCUGGGUCCUUAAGUCCACUGUCGCUGCCAUCAUCUUCCCUGUCAUGAUCUUGGCGCUGGUGGCGGUCAGAAGGGCCAUGGACUACAUCUUCUCCCAGCACGACCUCAGCUACCUGGACGAUGUCAUCCCAGAGAAAGACAAGAAGAAGAAGGAGGACGAGAAGAGGAAGAAGAAGCAGAAGAAAGGAAGCAUCGACAGUGAAAUCGAUUUUCCCUCUGAGUACCCCUACAAUGACAAUAUCCCCAGUAUUAAAAUCUCCAUGGAUAUAAUGGAGACGGAGCCCAUGUUGGGGAAUAAGGAUAAGACCUCAGACAGACCCCCGCCGUCUUUCCUUGACCCACACUCAGCAUGCUGAGGGCUACUUUAAGCCCACUACUGUUGCAAGGUAACUAUUCUGAAUCCAUUAAAAAAAGCAGCGCCUCAGAUUAGGAUAGAACUGGAGCAGGAGGACAAAAGCUUCUUCUGGAAAAAACAGGCUCCGAGUUCUGAAACGUCCCUUUAGUCUAACAACAACCUGUCCUAAUUUCCCAACAACCCAACUGAACCAGCAGCAUUACCUGCACACCACUACUGAAAUCCCAUAGGGCCCUGGUCAAAAGCAGUGCACUAUAUAGGGAACAGACCUGGUUUCAAAUAUUCAAAACAUGUAUUCAGAAAACCUUUAUUUGAAAAAACAAGCAGUUGAAUAUUGGAAUGUAUUUGAAAAUACAAAAAUACAUGGACUGAAAUACACUCCCAUGCAUUUAAUCCAGCUAUAUGAAAAUAUACUUUCAAAUACAAUUUGGUCAACUAUUUGUUUUUUUUGCAUAACCAUUUGAAUACAAAAAUAAAAGUACUUGUUUGGGGCUGUGUAUUUGAAAAUACUCAACUACACAUGUAUUUGAACCCAGGUCUGGUAGGGACUCCUACAGCAGCCUCUUUUUAUAAUGCAGCACUGUUGUAUACUCCUCCUUUUAAUGUCCUGCAUAAGUACAUAUUUGUCUUUUUUUUUUAACGGAUAGAAUUCUUUGUUUUGAGAGUGAGAAGUAUAGGAGGGACCCUUGUGAUAGGGGAGAUGUGAUUCUUCAUUUGCUGUAUGAAAACAGUAUUGGCCGAUUCCACGGCAGCGUAGCCUGAAAAUAUUUUCUGCUCCCGCUGGCUUGGAAUCGCCCUAAUGCUCUGUACCAAGGAAAACUUUUAAAGUUCAUUGUUAUCCAUUUAUGGCUAAUUCAUGGGUAAGGUAUUCAUGAUUUAUAAAGCAUUCACAAACUAAUGCAAUGCUUUAUGUAUUCAUAGUACAUGCCUGUUAGAUCAUUAAGUACAACAUACUUUCUUAUACAGAUCUUAUGGUGACAUUAAACUGGACUGUCCUAUUUUUGUCGGCCAGAACAGAUCAAACUUUCAAAUCCCAUUAUUUUUUUCAUGUCCUACUGUCCAGCAUAGGCCUAUUAUAGUUUUAUUGUUCAUGUAUAUUAACAUUCUUCUGUCUUUUAUCUUAUUCCUUCACACUUGUAUUAUUUAUUUAAUCUCUAUCUAUGCAAAAAAAAAACAUAAAUGCUCUUGAUUCAAAAUGUUGAUUUGAGUAUUUUCCUUCCCAUUGUGUGUGAAACUUUUCUGAUUGAACUGUUUUCCUAAGAAUGUCUGUUGUUUCUAUCAGCUUUAUAAGAGACAGCGGACUUCAACCACACUUAUCUGUAGUAGGGAUUGAAAUACAUGUAUAUACUUGUAUUUUUGGCUCUACCUCUGACUUAAUUAAUGUAGGCGCCAGGUAUUUGUAAGUACAGUAUGAUGAACACAUUGUUAAUAUGAAAUUAUCUAUCAUCAUACUGAAUUCUUUUUAUGAAAGGGCACAGCAUAGGAUCUCUAUCUAAUCACUUUCUGAGUUCCUUUUGCUCUGUAACUAAUUCAUUCAAAGAUUUUUAUUUGUAUCAUAUUGAAAUGAAAUGAAAAUGCAAUAACAGUGACGUAUAUUAUAUUGCUGAGAGAAUAAGUAAAAUAAUAAUUAAGUGUAUUUACUUUUAAGCCGUUAAUGAGAUGACAGCAUUUUUACAGUUGUCUGUGGAGUGACAUUUGUAUUAUUACCUUUUUUUAACAAAGUGAUGAUUUAGUGUUUGUUUUUUUAUUAUAUUAAACUGAUUAUGAACUGAUCAAUCAUUGAAUAAUCACUGUGAGACAAUGCAAUGUUGACGUUUCUUGUGUCUUGCAGUUGCAUUUCUGCAAAAACUAAUGCUGUAUAGUUUGCAGCUUUUCGCGAAGUUCCAUACCAAGAGAAAAUAUGAAUUCAAAAACCAUUUAUUUAAUCUUUUCCACGAGCCGACUCGCUGAGUAGCAAUUGAACCUGGGGAUGAAGUUAUUCAACAUUUCAGAGCUGCCAUUUUACUGAUAAACGGAUACAUUGCAGCCCUUUAUAGAAUGUAUUAUUUUUUAGAUACAGUGUACAAAUUAAGGCUUAAAUUAUUCACUUGAGCAAAAUUGAUUUUGUGGUCUUAGUGAUUACUGGGUUUAUAAAUGAUAAAAGAUACUGUAGUGAUAAAAUACCAAAUGUAUAUUUGUUGUAAUCUUGAGAGGUAUAAUCAAACAAGAUUGUUUUGUAGGUGUAUCGGUAGUGUGAGAGGACUGCAGCGCAUGAUGAAAUGAUGGUACACUCUUAAUCAGGGUCACUAUUGAUGUCAUGUUUUCUAUCCCAGAUAAUGCCAGCAUCCCAUCUUGGGACAAAUGUUAAUCGUCUGUACAGUAUACUCAUUUUCUGGGAUUCUAAUUUUAGGAUGAGUCCAUGUUUUGCUGUAAAAUGUGUUGAUUCAGUGGGCUAAUUGAAUUAAAACGUAUGUUUUUAAUAUUGUUGACACAUUUGAUGCAAUAUUUUUAUCUACAAACAUGGUUCAUAUUAAAUAAGCACUUAGAUACAGGUGUCGAGCAGUUUAUUGUAAAACGUGGUAGAACAAAAUAUUCAAGCAAUAAAACUAUAAUUACGAUCAAUUAAACCUACAGUACUUGUAAGACUUCAUCAGUAUGUCCUUCAUCUGUAUAGACUAUCAUGAAUGAGUAUGUUACUUUUAUAAAAUGAUUGAUUUGGCAUAUACAUUUUUCAAAUGACGUAUAUUGACAGCAAUAAACUCACUUUGAAAAUGA